CCAUGGUCGCGGCCCCCUGACGGGCCCCGGCCGCCUCCAUGAAGCGCAAGAGCGAGCGGCGCCAGACCUGGGCCGCCGCGCCCCCGUCCUCGCGCCGCAGCUCGUCCGCCGCGCCGCGCGUCAAGAAGAGCCGCAGCUCCGCGUCGCCGCGCGACCCGCUCGAGCCCGAGCGGCGCCAGAACCUCUACCUGGACAUCACCGCUUUUCAUGGAUACUGCUCCAACACAGAUCGCCUUUGUUUUGCCAUUCUGUACAGCAGACCAAAGAGUUCAUCAAAUACACAUUAUUUCAGCAUAGAUAAUGAACUUGAAUAUGAGAGCUUCUACGCAGAUUUUGGACCACUUAAUCUGGCAAUGGUUUACAGAUAUUGUUGCAAGAUAAAUAAGAAAUUAAAGACCAUGACGAUGAUAAGGAAGAAAAUAAUUCAUUUUACUGGCUCUGAUCAGAAGAAACAAGCCAAUGCUGCUUUUCUUAUGGGAUGUUAUAUGGUUAUAUAUUUGGGAAGGACUCCAGAAGAAGCAUAUAGAAUAUUAAUAUAUGGAGAUACAUCCUAUAUUCCUUUCAGAGAUGCUGCCUAUGGGAGUUGCAAUUUCUACAUUACACUUCUAGACUGUUUUCAUGCAGUAAAGAAGGCAGUACUCUUUGGCUUUCUUAAUUUCAACACUUUCAAGCUUGAUGAGUAUGAAUACUAUGAGAAAGCAGAAAAUGGAGAUUUAAAUUGGAUAAUACCAGACCGCCUCAUUGCAUUUUGUGGACCUCAUUCGAGAACCAGAUUUGAAAGUGGUUACCACCAACAUCCUCCCGAGGCUUAUAUUCCAUAUUUUAAAAACCACAACGUUUCUACCAUUAUUCGUCUGAAUAAAAGGGUGUAUGAUGCCAAACGCUUUACUGCUGCUGGCUUUGAGCACUAUGAUCUUUUCUUUGCGGACGGUAGCACCCCCACUGAUGAAAUUGUCAAGGAAUUCUUGGACAUUUGUGAAAAUGCUGAGGGUGCCAUUGCAGUCCAUUGUAAAGCUGGCCUUGGACGUACAGGCACGGUGAUUGCCUGUUACCUGAUGAAGCAUUAUAGAAUGACAGCAGCUGAAAGCAUCGCCUGGGUCCGAAUCUGCAGACCUGGUUCCGUGAUUGGGCCUCAGCAGCAGUUUCUGGUGAUGAAACAAUCAAGCCUCUGGUUGGAUGGGGAUUAUUUUCGUCAAAAGUUAAGAGCUCAGGAGGAUGGCAAACACAGAGCUGAUGUCUCCAAACUCCUCUUGGCUGUUGAUGACAUUUCCAUCACGGGGGUGGAGAACCGAGACAAGAAAGAACCCGAACUGUACAGUGAUGAUGAUGAAAUCAAUGGAGUAACACAAGGUGAUCAACUUCGGGCCUUGAAGAGCAGAAGACAAUCUAAAGCGAACAGUGUUCCCCUCACAGUAAUCCUUCAGUCCAGUGUUCAGAGCUAUAAAACAUCUGAACCUAACAUUUCUGGCAGUACAGGCAUUACUAAAAGAACUACCAGAUCUGCUUCAAGAAAAAGCAGUUUUAAAAGCCUGAUUCCUCAGAGGGAAGGAAGGAAAAAGAAUUCCUUGCAACAAAUGCACUUACUGGCUCUCUGUCCCACUAUUUCAAGGACUAAAACAGUCUUGCGUUAAGAACAAACCUGUGACCAGAACAGAAGGAAGAUUCUAGGAACAGAAAACUUCCACAGGACAUUAUUAGCACAAAACAGAAUUGCCAAAGCCUUAGCUGCUUUACACCUAAGAAGUUUACCCAGUGGAAUUUCAGUAACUGAAUGAGUUUGGAUACAAAUGAAUGACUUGAAGAAGGCUCAGCUCCCCUUUUAAGGAAGUUCUCAAGUUUAAUGGCAAACUAGUGCCCAGGUAUUCUCAGGUGCAGAUGUGGAAGCGCCAAUCAGACUGGUCUGCUGUUAAGUGUGAUGGAGAUGGUCCCCUGCUCAGCACCCCAGCUGUUAAGUCACACCAGGGAGGUGUUUUACAUACUUAUUUUCUGUCCACCUUGUGUCAAAGUUGUAAAAGAUGAAGUGGGCUGUUAUGAAAAAAUAUUUUUAUAAUUUGAUACUGUCUGAUACUGUUUGCUUUCAUUAUCUUCACUUUAAUGUCAGUGACACUUUUGUAAGGUGGGUGUUGUUAAUUACCCAAGCUGCUUGUCUUUGACAAAGAGUGCUUUGUUAAUAAGAAUCUGUGAAAAA